AUGCAGAGGGAGGCUGAGGGGCUGCUGCGCCCCGGCGGUGCAGCGCAAGCGGGCUACGCCAGCAACGGGCUGCGGCACGAUAGCCUCAGUCCGACGCCGAACGAACGCGUCGCCAUUGAAAAUGUUCUCAACACCACCGAAGAGCGGCGGCGGCGUGAGGCCAAAGUUUUGUACGGUGCCCUCAUCUUCUGCUUUGUGUUCAUGGUGCUGGAAUUUGGCUCGGGCGUCCUUGCCCACUCCUUGGCUCUCCUGACGGAUGCCGCCCACCUGAUGAUCGAUGUGGGGGCGUACGGGCUGAGCAUCAUGAGCCUCAAGGCGGCAUCCAAGGCGUCCUGCGGGAAGUACAACUACGGCUGGCACCGCGUGGAGGUGAUCGGGACACUUGUCUCCGUUUUCUCCAUCUGGGCGCUGGUGUUGUGGAUCAUAAUUGAGUGCAUGACACGAAUGUGGAACGUCGUGGCGUGUAGCCGCAUCCCGGCGAUGUUACUGCAUCAGGCCGUUUUGGGAAAAGCGGGCGUUGGGAUUGCUGCUGCGCCGUCCGAGCUGAUGUGCGAGGAGAUUAACUCACAUAUUAUGAUCGUCGUGGGUGUUCUGGGCAUGGUUGUGAACGUUGUGUGCGCCUUGAUUCUGUACCUUGGCGGCUCGCAUGGGCAUAGUCAUUUUGGGGGGCACCGCCACAGCCACACGGAGGGAGGAGCACGGGUCGGAAGAAAAAAUUUACAACGACUCGCAGGAGCAUCACGGGCACCACCACGACCACAAUGCUCAACACAACCACGGUUGUGGUGGCAAGGGGAAGGACAAGAAGGGGUUUGCAGUCAACGCGGCGUUACUUCAUGCGUUGGGCGAUUGUGUGCAAUCCGUUGGGGUGAUACUUGCGGGCAUCUUUAUUUACUUUACCAACAAGCAUGUCUUCGGUACCCCAUCGUAUAA